GUGUGUAGCAGAGGUGAGGAAGCAUCUGUUGACUGCUGGAGAGGCUGUCAGCCUGUUACCCUGAAGACUACCUCCAUCUGUCUCUCUCUGGGCCGUAGAGCCUGAGGACAGCCUCUCUCUCUGGGCAUACAGGCAGGCCUGGGGCUGAGGUCUGCCGCCCUCUGUGGAUCUCCUGGGCCUCAGACUGAGGGUCUUUGUUAAGUACUGUGUGAACAGCAGUAGCAGCAGCAGAAACCGCAGAAACCAUGGAGGUGGCUAUGGUGGACUUUGAAAGUCUGGACGACAUCGACAGCAGCCUGGAAGAUGAGCUGGACAACCCAGAUGAUCUGACCACGAGGGGGCGCCUUAGCUGUGCCAGCAUCAUCGCCAACUGGCAGAUGUUGCUUAAUAGUGAGACCCAGACGCAGAGCGAGACCAUAUUCAGCCGGCUGGCUCAGGAGUGCUGCGAGGAUCUGUUUGUGGACAAGAGAGGGCUAGACGACGGAGACCAGAAGGUCAUCAUCAACAUCGCCGGGCUGCGCUUUGAGACGCAGCUCAAAACCCUCGACCAGUUCCCUGAGACCCUUCUGGGGGACCCUAUGAAGAGGAUGGACUACUUUGACCCCAUGAGGAAUGAGUAUUUCUUUGACAGGAACCGGCCCAGCUUCGACGGCAUCCUCUACUACUACCAGUCAGGAGGGAAGAUCCGCCGGCCGGCCAACGUUCCGCUGGAUGUGUUUGCUGAUGAGAUCGUGUUCUAUGAGCUGGGGAGUGACGCCAUGGAGCAGUUCAGAGAGGACGAGGGGUUCAUCAAAGAAGAGGAGAUCCCUCUCCCGACCAAUGAGAUGUACCACCAGUUCUGGCUGCUGUUCGAGUACCCCGAGAGCUCCAACGCGGCGCGUGGCGUGGCGCUGGUCUCCGUGUUCAUCAUCGUUAUCUCAAUCAUCAUCUUCUGCAUGGAGACGCUACCGGAGUUCCGGGAUAACUCCCUGGACCCCGUCCUACCCACCACCGUCAUGCAGCUGAUGCCUUUCGAUGGGAACCAAUCGCUGGGCGGCCUCGGGUCCUUGUUCCCGCCCUCGGCCACGCCCAAAACCAUCACCUCCACGUUCUCCGACCCUUUCUUCAUCAUCGAGACGGCCUGCAUCGUCUGGUUCUUCUUCGAGCUGGUUGUCCGCUUCGUGGUCUGCCCCUCCAAGAGCGACUUCUUCCACAACCUCAUGAACAUCAUCGACAUCGUCUCCAUCAUCCCCUACUUCGUCACCUUGGUAACGGAGCUGGUCACCACCCCGGACCAGAACUCCAGCCAGAACAUGUCCCUGGCCAUCCUUCGUAUCAUCCGUCUGGUCAGGGUGUUCAGGAUCUUCAAGCUGUCCAGACACUCCAAGGGGCUCCAGAUCCUGGGCCAGACACUGAAGGCCAGCAUGCGGGAGCUGGGCCUCCUCAUCUUCUUCCUCUUCAUCGGAGUCAUCCUCUUCUCCAGCGCCAUCUACUUCGCCGAGGUGGACGAGCCCAGCACGCAGUUCGUCAGCAUCCCCGACGGGUUCUGGUGGGCCGUGGUCACCAUGACUACAGUGGGCUACGGCGACAUGUGCCCGAUCACCAUGGGGGGAAAGAUGGUGGGGACGCUCUGCGCCAUCGCUGGCGUGUUGACCAUCGCCCUGCCCGUACCCGUCAUCGUGUCCAACUUCAACUACUUCUACCAUCGGGAGACGGAGCAAGAGGACAAGCAGCCGAUGGCGGAUGCAUCAGAGCUGGCCAUGAAGGCCUCAGGAGAGAGUAAACAUGGAAGUAGCACCUCACUGAACAAGACCAACGGGACCUGGCAGAGAAACUAGUUCACUGGCCUCUGAGACAUGGAGACUGACCGGUCCACUGUGGAAGAGACCGACUGGGACAGAGAGACAUUAUGGAGACUGACUGAUCUUUCUACAGAGAGACUUAGACUAACAUUGUCUCUUCUAACACUGUAGAAGAGACAACGUGAGACAGAGAGACACAGACAGACUUACCUGUCCACAUAUCCACUGUGAGGACAGACAGACACAGAGUGACCUGUCCAUUAUGGAAGAUAGCGACUGAGACAGAGAAAGACUGAGCUGUGAGACACUAAUCCUCUCCUGUCCUCGGGGAGAAAGACAUAAAGUCACCCCUGUGGGAAGAUACAGUGAUACCUGCCCUUUACUGUCAGAUAAAGAUGGUCUGGAAACCUUUUUUAAAGUGAGAGACAGUGUUAGGCUUGCUAGGAGAUCAGCGUGCAUGGAGUCGUGUGUUGCUUUUCUUGACGAUGACGCUUCAUUUUUUGUAUAUUUUAUCAUAAACAACUUUUACCUCCUCAGUGUAAAUAAGUGAAUAGUGACUGUUAACAACUUAAUCCCCAUAGUGACAGUGUUGUACUGCUACCGUAUAAAAUACAUUUGUUUUACCACUAUCAAACAUCUCUCAUCCCAUUCAGAUGAAUAGCUGAAGAUUCAGAUCCUUUAACUAAUAUCAUAACUAUCAUACGGUAGA